UUUUGGCAAAUUUUGUAAAAUGUCAAACGGGCAAUUGUAUUUGGUGGGUGGUAUUGGUUAUAAUGACCACCUCAAUGAGCUGACAUCCUUGACGGAUAUUGAUGCGUUUAAUGGGGAACAACAUAAAUGGGAAUAUGUUGGUGACCUUAAUUUAGCCAGACAUGGUCAUGAUGUUGCCACACUUAAUGAUCAUUGUAUUGUUGUUAUUGGUGGAGUGUCAACAUUUGAGAAAUGUACUUUAAAUAAAGUGGAAACAUUUUGCACAAAAACACGCAAGUCUCUUAAGAAUCUACCGGAUUUACCAUGGCCAGUGUCCGGAUGUGCGGCAGUAACAAUAGAUUGAUGUCAAAAUAAAUGGAAAAAAUGAAAUAUGUUUUUCUUGUUUUUGUUUUUGCAGUUUUUGAAUUGUUUUGUAACAAAACUUUAUUUGUUCUUUGUUGUAUUGCCGUUAUAUAUACCAUUUGUUCAAUUGUUGUUGUGCGGAUAAAAAAUAUUUCCUAAAUUAAAUUUUUAUGUUUUAAAAACG